CCCGCGCCUCCGCCUCCGCGCCGCGACCAUGGAGCGUCCCGCCGCGGGAGAACUAGAUUCCAGUACGUGUGAACAUCUAUCAAGAGAAGAGGAAGAGGCACGAGAGCUGGCACCCAGCCCUGUAGGUUCCCUGACGGACAUGCCGUUUGCUGCUGUAGAUAUCCAAGGUGACUGUGGAGGCCCUGAUGUACCUCAAGGAAACCCAAAGAGAAGCAAAGAAAAUAGAGGCGACAAGGAUGAUCAUGUGAAGAAGAGGAAAAAAGCCAAAAAAGAUUAUCAGCCCAACUAUUUCCUGUCCAUUCCAAUCACCAACAAAAAGAUUACAGCUGGAAUUAAAGUCUUGCAAAAUUCGAUACUACAGCAGGAUAAGCGACUGACCAAAGCCAUGGUCGGCGACGGCUCCUUUCAUAUUACCUUGCUAGUGAUGCAGUUGCUAAAUGAAGAUGAAGUAAACAUCGGUACUGAUGCACUUUUGGCAUUGAAGCCAUUCGUGGAGGAGAUCCUUGAAGGGAAACACUUGACUUUGCCCUUCCAAGGGAUUGACACUUUCCAAGGUCAGGUUGGCUUCGUGAAGCUGGCAGAUGGAGACCACGUGGGCGCGCUCCUGGAGAUAGCAGAGACUGCGAAAAGAACAUUUCAGGAAAAAGGCAUCCUGGCUGGAGAAAGCAGAACUUUUAAGCCCCACCUGACCUUUAUGAAGCUGUCCAAAGCACCGAUGCUCAGGAAGAAGGGAGUGAGAAAAAUCGAGCCUGGGUUGUAUGAACAAUUCAUCGACUACAGAUUUGGAGAAGAACUACUGUACCAGAUAGAUCUCUGCUCCAUGCUGAAGAAGAAACAGAGCAAUGGUUAUUACCACUGCGAGUCUUCGAUCGUGCUCGGUGAGAAGGACCGAAGGGAGCCUGAGGAUGCUGAACUGGUCAGGCUCAGUAAGAGGUUGGUGGAGAACGCCGUGCUCAAGGCUGUCCAGCAGUACCUAGAAGAGACACAGAACAAAAAGCAGCCGGGGGAGGGGAACUCCACCAAAGCUGAGGAGGGAGAUCGGAAUGGUGAUGGCAGUGAUAACAACCGGAAGUGAGAGCUGAAUCCGGUCCCGUCCACUGCCCCUCUGCUAAGUCGCAGACUAACUCACGAUGUGUCUUGUUCAAGCCCUGGAGAUCACCUAGUACUUCUAUGAUUGAUGCGAUUGAUGCGUUCGGUGUUGCUGCGACACAACAGAAAAGAAUGGGGUGCUGGGACCAGCAGAAGAAAUUAAUUUACAGAAGAACAACACUAAGUCCGUGUGCCAUCAACCAUGCACAAGGGAGAGCGGGCGCUUCGGGACGCCUGCCUGACUCACACAGCGGAGGGAGGGAGAGGACUUGCCACAGACAGAAUACUGCCGUUUACAUUGCUUCGAUCCUUUGACUACUUUAUCUGAGGCCAAACCUUGCACACAGCUAUCAAGUGCUAAGUUCAGUUUGUCAUUGUUGAAAUGGCCAUUAGUAUAGUGAGUCCACAAUGUUUCCUGUUAGUCCCCUAUGUGUUGUUUGUUACCACACGGUGAUCUUUAUUUACAGUAAAUUAAGUUUCCUGUAAAGUAUAUAUUUUUGGUAAAAUGCAAUCUUUUCUAUGAAAUGUGGGUGAUGUUUUAAAGGUUUUUUAAGCCUUAUUUUGAUAAGUCAGUGUGCCAUAUUUAAUGUACUUCAUUGAUAUUUGUACUUUAAAUGUAUUAUAUAAUUUUUUCCCCUUAGGCAAGAAGCCAGUUGGAACCCAAGACUUAAUUAAUGAAGCUUUGCACCGAGAAAGGAUGGAGCUGAAAUCCAAAGUGAAACAGAUAAAAGAACUUUUGUUAAAGCCUGAGACUCAGGCCAAGAUUAGAAAGGAGCUUUUUGAAGGAAGAGUUUGUAAUAAUGGUAAUCCAACAAGCAAUGCUGAUUUCAACAUGAUUUUGCCAUAGCUCUCCACUGUUGUUAUGCAUGGUAAAAUGUUUAUGAACUCUCAGCCCAUUAAAUAGCUCUUUGGUGAGUAACCAGAGUGUUCUUACUGUUUCUACAAAGCCCACAAACCAACAUUUGGUAAGGAAUUAACAACUUCUUGCCAAAGAAAACAUAUUUUUGCCUUAUCAUGGUCAUCACUAACCAUCACCACCAUCAUCGUCAUUACCAUAAAGUUGAGUUUUAGUAUGUUCGUUUUGGUAUCUUUGACUCAUUUUAUAGAAAUAACUUCUUAAUUAGCUGUUGUAAGAUGUUCCAUGGGGUCCUUGCAGAUAAUAUUGCAUAUAUAUAUAUAUAUAUAUAUAUAUGCACACACACUAUGAAAAGCACUAUGAAAAGUCCUUUAUAGACAAAAACAACAAAACAAGAUAAACCAACAACAGUAUUCUAAGGGUCAUCUGCCUCCUGUUGAUGUGGCCCUUGUCACUUCAGAGGAAGCAUCGUCGGGGCUUGUCCAGUGUCACAGUCCUUUUACUGAGAGUUUGAAUGCUUAUUGAUAUCAGUACUUGAAUGAACAUUAGUAAGUGUAAUCAUUGUAGUCAUGGGUUAAGAAUGUUUUAUAAUAUCUAUAUUAUUAUUUUUCACUGAUAAAAGUACAGUUGCUUUUUUUUUUUUUAAUUUCUUAGUGAAGAAUGUUCAGGGCUCUUAUUUCCUACUCUAUGAAGAGAAGCCCAAGGCUGUGUUCUUUACGAUUUGAGUAAUUUGCAUUGGUUCUUUUGUAAACGAGCAUUCUUGAGGUGUUCACCCCCCCUCCAUGUAAUGUUUAUUUGUAACAGCUCUUUGGGUAGUUACUUUAAAAUUGCUGCUACUAAUAGAUGAUGGGGAAGGAAGUGGUUCAAGAUUAAAUAUGUAAUCAUCUCACACACAGUCCAGUUUGCUCGUGUGUUCUAGUUAUUUUUUUUCACUGAGUAGAUGGUACUACAUUACCUCAUGAUGUAUCCCUUUACCCAGCCCUACGUUUUCAUGCCUGUAAUAAACUCU